CCGGACAAGUGGCCCAACUGGAAACGGAAAAGCCAGAGCUGCAGAGAGAGUUGGUGGCAUUGCAAAAUGAAAGCAGUGAACAUCACAGCACAACACAGCGAGCAGUCACCAGAAUUUGUCGCAAAGAAACAGCAAGAAAUGGCCAACGUCAUCCGGCAGAAGAACAGACAUAUCUCACAACUUCUAAAUGAUGUUGAAGUAGAAGGAAACUCUUUCAACUAGACUAACCGACAGUUGAGAAACAGAACAUGAUGCUACGUGAGAGGUUGUCAGACCUGCGAGAUGAACUGACUGAAGCCACGAAACACGUCACUGAGAUGACAGGUGAACUCACAGGCAUGAAACACAUGUCAGGAGCAAGAAGAGAAGAUGCGUAUGGUGGAGGAACAAAAUGUAGUGCUACGAUCCCAGGUGCAGGAGCUUGUGGAACAGAAGUUGCGACGUGACGGUCAGUUGGAUGACUUCAGAGAAGCUCUGGAUUCUCGUGUUGAGAACGCCAAAGUUGAGGAACUGCAAGCAAGACUAUCCCACCAUGCAGCUCAAGCACCUAACAUUCAGAUCAACACUGAGCAGAGUCGUGUGGCACUUCUUACUCAGGCUCAAUUUGCCCACUGGAAUCAAUCUCAAUGGUGUUGUAAAGUUGAAGACACAGUUACAGCAAGCUGAAGCGAAGGUCCAUCAGUUGGAAAGCAAACUCAAGGAUGCUGAAGAAGAUGCCCACAUUAAAGUACAAGAGGCAACGGAAAUGAUCAUCCAGCUGAGGGAGUAUGAGUCUGGGGAGUACGGUUUGGCUGAGGCCAUGAGCGAAAUCAAGGAACUGAGACAACAACGUCACAUUCAAGACAGACAGAUAGAGCAGCUGGUGCAGGCAUCAAACAAACUGCAAGCAGAGGUCAGCCAAUUGGAAGAACAGAAUAUGACUCUGAGGGAGCAGCUUGGCUUGCCUGCAGAGGUACCUGUGUGUGUGGAUGGAAUCACUGCACAGAGGAAAAAGGAGCGGCUACUGAUGAAAGUGCUGCAGCAACAGGCGGAGCGGUUUGAAGAAGAGAAACUGCAGCUUAAACUUGAGAACCGAGAACUGAACCAGCGACUCAGCAGGAUCAGCCUACAAAUGCAGUCCCUAUGGCUGCAGCCUGACACAGGCAUGGCAAGCGAAGCCAUCCUGAUGUCAUCUGUCGAGAAGUUCAGCCAGGGUACAGAGAUGGUGACCCUUGUGCCCUCAACAGCGGACAGGGCCUGAGGAUCGAGGAGGCAGAUGGGAUGCAGCUGGAGACAGAGAAACCGAGGCUCCACGAGCUAGAGAACAAGCUCCAAAAGGUGACAACCGAGAAUGAAGCCUUAAGGAAAGGCAUGCAUGAGAUCCUGGACAGCAUUCACAACCAAGAUGGUUCAAGCAGUGUGCAGGUGGAGUCCAACACUCUGGAGAGACUGCUUGAAGCACUGGACUCGAGACAUCUGAGCGGGUGGUACCAUCCAGCCAUGAGACUACAGGCGCAGCUGCAGUCUGUGGAGGGGAGCAACACUGUGUUGCGAGAACAGCUACGGACCACUCGACUGGAAGGAACCAAGACUUCACAACAGCUGCAGAAAGCACUUCUGAGAGUGGAGCAGCUGGAGACCAGUUUGCCAACAGUGCAAGAAGGAAGGGUGGGUCAGAGGGCCCAGGUUUGUGAUGAGAUGCACUUCCCUCCAGACUUGCCUCUUUCCAGUGCAGAAAUUAUUUCAAAACUCAACAUGCAUCUCCUGCAUGUUUUGGAUGUAGGUAUAUCAUCUCCAGGAAGAUCCAAAAUUUCUGAGCACUAUACGAGGUCUGACAAUAAAGUUCGCGAACUCGCAACUGUGUGCUUGCCUUGGCAGCAGUGAACAGAAAUCUCAGUAGUUUUGAUGACAUUGGCAUAUCAGCAUCAACCAGAUUUUCAAAAGGAAAGACGACAGGCUGAUAGGACGAUAUAAUCAAGUUUCCCGGGCUUUGAAAUAAACAUCACCUUAACCUGCCUCCAGGCUGUGGGGAUGAAACCAUAUGCCAAGCAGGCUCUAUAUGUGCGACAUAGGUGUGGAACUCAAAGUUCUGCCCCAUGUUGCAAAAUUUCUGGUACAGUUCCACCCGUUCCCACUGAUUUAAAUGGUCUAAAAGUGUUUAGCGCCCAUCUUAUUUUUGAUUGAUUAAUUAUGACUUUGGCCAGGUUCCAGUCUACCCUGUUCAUCUUGCUUUGGCAAGUGUCCAGGUUCUGCUGACCCUGUCCAUCGUCCAAUUUGUCAAUCAGUUUUGAACCAGGAAAAUGAACCCUGAAUAAUUCGUUCAGUGUCUCCCUUCCUGUUUGAGUAUACUGUCCGUUAAGCAGCUUAAUUGUGCUGACCUUA